GAACUACUUUCUUGGGCGGGGCAGGCCUGCCGGUCAGGUUCGAGUAUGAUUCAUUACCGAGCGAAAUCUACACGAAAAGCUAUUUCGACUGAUUGGUUUGAUAUUGAACAGAGAUGACGGAUGGUAAGACCUAUUUGAAGUUGAAUACAUCAGGAAGUGCACCAUUGACACUCUGAUUGUGAGUGUGAACUAGAUGGAUAAGGGCAAAAUGGCAAGUGCCACAUUGCCCGAUCAAGAAGAGGAUGGAGUGCAACUGAAACUCUUAUUGGAAGGAGAUGGAGGAGUGGGCAAAACCUGCCUCUGUAUCUCUCAUUACCAAGGCUACUUUCCCCGUCUUUACAUCCCUAUGAAUUUUGACCGCUGGUCAUUUGGCACUGUGAUUGCUGGGAAGACUUUCAACCCUGUGUUUUGGGAUGCAUCGGCAGGGGGAGAAGAUAUGGAUCGUCUGCGGCCUCUGAGCUAUCCAGGAACCGACAUUUUUCUGAUGUGUUUUUCAGUGGAGCGCCGGUCUUCCUUUGAACACAUUGAAUCAAGAUGGCUGCCAGAGAUCCGUCACCACAUGCCCACAACUCCCAUCAUUCUUGUGGCCACAAAGAUAGACCUUCGUGGAAGUCCUCAGUACAGUUGUGUGACGUUUGAUGAAGGCUUCAAAUUGGCACAGAAACACAAUUGGCCAUACAUAGAGACGAGUGCACUCCUUCACAACAGUGAGAGAAAUUGGUCAGGCAUGCCACGUACUCCAGACUCCCUCAGUUGGCCCUAUCCUCCGAACCACGAGGAAGUGGAUGUUUUCCACCUGUAUUUCUCUGUUCAGAGCAGGACUUCCCUGGCGAAUGUUGAAACGAGAUGGGUUCCAGAGAUCCGCCAUGCCAUGCCUGACAUUCCAAUCCUCCUGGUGGCAACGAACAUAGAUCCUCCUUGGAGUCCCAAUUGCACCCGUGUGGUUACAUACGAGGAGGGCUUGAAUAUGGCUCAGAAACUCAACUUGGAAUACACUGAGAUGACUGGGCAGCUGAACUUAAAUGCGGAAGAAUGCUUCGAGAAAGCAGUUUAUAUUGCUGAUGAAGGAAAGACACCAAAGAAGAAGAAAACUCUCUUUGGUUUAAGCUGGAGAAAGUCAAAGCCCCGCCCACCACCUGAAGUACCCCCAGUAGAUGAAGCCCCUCGGAUUGAAAUCCAAACCUCAACCAUCGCAGAGGACUUUGGCAAGGCGUUGGAGCAGCCAGCCUUCUCUGACGUCGUCUUCAUCGUUGAAGAGAAGAGCAUCUUGGCUCACAAAAUGGUGCUGUGUAGUGCCUCCAACUUCUUCUGUUGUGUGUUUGGCCAGGACCCACCGGACCAGGAUACAGCCAGCCAUCCCUCAGUCAUGAACUUUACCUGGGAGGAUAUCAACCAGGGCAAGAUUACUGGUUUAGCUGGUAUCCUGUGAUGAAGUGACCCCAGAAGGAAGUCU